AGAAACCAAUCUAACGGAUAAAAGUAAGGUCCCCACCGGUCUGACAGCAAACGAGUGGACCCGUCUUCUUCCCCUGAGUGGAGAGUUGUUCACUUACGGCAGCCAUUCUUAAACGUUCUAUCUUUGAGGCGCAUUAUAAUCCAUCAUGGCUGCCUACAAGCUAGUGUUGAUCCGCCACGGAGAGAGCAACUGGAACCAGGAGAAUCGGUUCUGCGGCUGGUUCGAUGCGGAUUUGAGUGAAACCGGGGAGAAGGAGGCGAAGCGAGGUGGACAGGCUCUGAAAGAUGCCAACUUUGAGUUCGACAUUUGCUACACCUCCGUGCUGAAGCGGGCCACCAGGACACUGUGGCUGGUCCUGGACAGCAUUGACCAGAUGUGGGUGCCAGUGCACCGGACCUGGCGGCUUAAUGAGCGCCACUACGGAGGCCUGACUGGGCUGAACAAGGCAGAGACGGCAGCCAAGCACGGCGAGGCUCAGGUGAAGAUCUGGAGGCGCUCCUUCGAUACCCCACCUCCUCCCAUGGGCCCAGAGCACGACUACUACAGUAUCAUCAGCAAGGAUCGCCGCUAUGCAGACCUGACUGAGGACCAGCUUCCAUCCUGCGAAAGCCUGAAGGACACCAUCGCGCGGGCGCUGCCCUUCUGGAACGAGGAGAUCGCCCCUCAGAUCAAAAAGGGAAAGCGGGUGCUCAUCGCUGCCCAUGGAAACAGUCUGAGGGGGAUUGUCAAGCACCUGGAGGGCAUGUCCGAUGAAGCCAUCAUGGAGCUGAACCUGCCGACGGGCAUCCCCAUCCUCUACGAGCUGGACAAGAACCUGAAGCCUGUCAAGCCGAUGCAGUUCCUGGGAGAUGAGGAGACCGUACGUAAAGCCAUGGAGGCUGUGGCUGCUCAGGGAAAGGCCAAGAAGUAAUUGGCACAGAAAAAGCCCUCUUUGUGUACGACCGAGUAGGUUUUGCCCCAACGACUGACCCCAGUUUAGUGUUUUUGUUUAAUCCUAACCUGGAUUGUAAUACACAAUGAGUACACUGUAGUCGACGGCAACCUCACUCUUCUUGUACAGUGCGGGGAUAGUAGAUGGUGAAUUAUAAAGAUAUAUAUAUAUAUAUAAGUGUCACUGCUCUCAAGACGUAUUGGGGUUUUUUGGGGGGGGGGGGGGGGGGUUUGUUGCUCUUUGCUAAAAAGACCCAUUGAUAAGACAACCUUUUUUUAAAUUCAGAGUUUGUUUAUUGUUUUUACACACGGUUGUGCAACAAAUUGCACUUGGUAGUCCCAUUUUGCUACAUGAUAAAUAGAUUAAUAAAAAAAACCAUCAUACUUUUUUUUCUUUCUUUUUUUCCCCCCAAUAUUGCUGAUUAUGUAUCUGUCACAAAUGCAGUAAGUUUAUUGGAGCUGGCGGCCGCCACUUUUACAUGCACCAUUGAAGCUGUAAGUCUGCUCAUGUACUGUGUCUUUAAGAGUGGAGAAGGUUCACUAGAGUCCACUGGAAUGGAUAGCCUUGCUGAUAAAGGUAGUUGCUUUAACUGGAUGUAAUGAUGAGAUACUGUUUUUCAGAUGCACUGAUGGUUGUGAAGAGUUAUACCCAUGUGUGUCAGAUCAUACAAUCUUUUUUUUAUUUUUAUUUUUUACUCAUCAGAUAUUGUAUUAUAAUUUAAUUUAAAGAGGACUUUGUGGGACCUCUUUUUUAUUUAAGGGACCACUGCGAAAGAGGGAACACUUAAUUUCUAUAAAAGGCUUUGAAGCAAGUCAUUGGUGCAUUCUAUUGAUUAAAAGUUUCCAAUCUCUUGAGAGCCAAAUGGGACGGUAAGAACAACUAAACAAUCCUUUCCUCUCCUUAUCUCUGUAUAUGGUAUUUGUGCUGUGUUCUUGCCGUCUUUUCCUUUUUUCUGUUUGAUCAAGUUAGGUCCAAUAUAAAUGGUGCCAAACAUUGCAUUAUUACCAGCAUUGCAACGUAUAGGCGCUAAAGCCUUUAUUUGAAUUAUAGCAUUUCCAGUUUCAAUGUUCCAUAGUUCCAUUGUGAGUCAUUUAUAACAGAAGAUUUCUAAAUUCAAACAUUAUUUUUGUUACUCUGUUUUGCUGCAGUUGGCCUGUCUUCGCGUCUUGGUGUCCUAGUGAUUAUGUGUCUGCAGCUCUUAUGCCUAAAGCUUCCCUCACUGCCUAGAGGUUUUAAGAGAAGGUUUCAGUUUGAAAUCACCCUUUAUGUAACACAGUAUUUUCUUGUUUAUUGACAAAUAACUCUUUGUUGGUUGUAUGUAUCUAAUGGUAAUACAUUUAAAAAUCAAA